AUGAAGAAAUUUGAGUUUUCCGUCUGCUAUAUUUCACUAUUGAUUAUGUUCUCCUCCUUUUCUGUUGCGCAUAUUAAUUCAGAACCUUCUAGUCCUGCAAGUGCUUUUGGUCCUGCAGGUGCUUCUAGUCUUGCAGGUGCUUCUGGUCCUGCAAGCGCUUCUAGUUCUGAUUUUGUAAGUGCUUCUGGUCCUGCAGAUGCUUCCGAUUUUGCAAGUGCUUCUGGUCCUGCAGGUGCUUCCGAUUUUGCAAGUGCUUCUGGUCCUGCAGGUGCUUCCGAUUUUGCAAGUGCUUCUAGUCCUGUAGGUGCUUCUGAUUUUGCAAGUGCUUCUAGUUCUAGUCCUGCAAGUGCUUCUGUUCCUGUAAGUGCUUCUGAUUUUGCAAGUGCUUCUAGUCCUGCAAGUGCUUCUGGUUCUACAGGUGCUUUUGAUUCUGCAAGUGCUUUUGGUCCUGCAAGUGCUUCUAGUCCUACAAGUGCUUCUGGUGUCGCUGCUCCCAGCGAGAAAGAAACCAAGAUAAAAUGUCCCUUUGCAGCCAAGAGAGAGGCUGAAGCCAAGAAAAAGGCUGAGAAAGAGGCUGAAGACAAGAAAGAAGCUGAGAAAGGGGAUGAAGACAAGAAAGAAGCUGAGAAAGAGGAUGAAGACGAGAAAGAAUCUAAGAGCGAAGUCGAUAAAGCGAAAGACGCCCAUAAAGAAGCCAAGAAAGAAGUUGAGAAAGCCAAAGACGCCCAUAAAGAAGCCAAGAAAGAAGUUGAGAAAGCCAAAGACGCCCAUAAAGAAGCCAAGAAAGAAGUUGAGAAAGCCAAAGACGCCGUGGAAGAAGCCAAGAAAGAAGCCAAAAAACAAGCUAAGAAAGAGAAAGAAGCCAAGGAAGAAGCCAAGAAAGAAGCUAAGAAAGAGAAAGAAGACUAG